AUCAAUCACCGGUACAGCACAAUAACAUUAAUUACAAUUAUUAUUAUUGUCCAUGCGACGUGCGCAAUGACGGUUUCCGACAACGCGUAUAAAACCGAAAGACCAACAAUACGACGAUAUUGUAUUCGCAACACUUCACCAUCGUCACCAUGUCAUUAUUGCUGAACAGUGGAGGAUGCUGUGGUCACAGUACCACGACAGUCAUGACGCUGUCGGUUGCCAUUCUGCUGACUGUCGGACAAGUCCACAACCUUAAGUGCAGGACGGCAGACCACUCGAGACGCCAUGGGGAGUUUAUCGACAUAGCUGAACAGUGUAACAACACGACUUCGGGUGACCGGCCAGCGUCGGCGGUGGACGGCGAUUAUUCUACUUACGCGUCCGGCGGCGACAACGACGGCCGGUGGAACGGAGACGGCCGGCGGAACAACAACAACAAUCGUGAGUUCAGCGUGAACCGACAGGACUUUACCGGCAACCGUGGUAGCGGUGGCGGUUACGACCGCGACCAGUCGUCGUGCAGCGAAGCCCGACCGCAACAGUAUUCGGUCUUCUUCUUCCAGGGGACGUAA